AUGAGCAACUCAUCAUCCAACAAUGGCCAAUACAGUCAUUUUAGCAGCAGCCAAUACACUAAACAGGAAGACAGAGACGUUGAGGACUGCUACUACUUUCUUUAUUCUACUUGUAAAAGAGGUUCUAACUGUGGCUAUAGACACAAUCCCAUGGCCAAGACCAACACCACACUCUGUCCACAAUGGGCAAGUACAAAGAAAUGUACUUUGGAUUGUCCUAUGCGCCACAGUCUUUACCAUCUUCAGAAGAAGAGAUCCGAGGACUUCUGUUAUUUUGAGAAUACCGAGCAAGGAUGCACAAAGCCCUACUGUGAGUUUAAGCACAAAAACCCCACAAAGGAUGUAUGGAAAGCCUCAAUUUCAAGCAAUGCAACAAAUGAAGAGUAUGAUUUAGCAAGCCACCCAAGCAAGCACAUUCGCAAUGACAGUCACAAUUCCGAAGCGAGCAAUGACGAAAACUUUUACAAGGUAAUUGAAGAGGAAAAUAGAACCAUUGAUUUUGAAAUCCAGAAAAUUGAGGAGGAAAUUAAAAGAGUAGAAGGGCAUUAUCAUUAUCUAAGAUAG